AUGGACAUAUACCUUAAGGCGAGCGGUGGCUCUAUUGCUUCUUCCCCGGCUGCUGUGUUUACGAUACGCAAUCUCAACUCUGGUCUGAUUCUGUUUGCGACCAUUAACAUCACAUUGCUUCCACUUGCCGGCGCUCCAUUAAUGGGACGUGUAUUUAAUCAGCAAAAUCAAUCCAGCGUCUUUGAGAGUCUGUACGAACGCCCGGGUGGCAUGAUCGGUCCAAUAUUCAUACAAAGAAACCCUCCUGGUGUCAUGCUGGAACGAGCUGCAGCUUGGUACACUUCAUGGGCGUGGAAUAUGUCUACCGAGCCAAUGGGAGACCAACGCAGUUGGAUUCUCGACCGGAAGACCUUGUCAGAACGCGGCAACUUCUCUGCAAACGCUGUAAGAUUGCAACAGGAGAUCAGCUGCACAGGGUGGAAAGCGAGACCCAAGAAGUGGAAAAACGGGAUUCUAACAUUCAAUACAAGGAUGAACAAUCCCGAAAAUGGGCGAUCUGAGGGCGAUCAACAUUCUACUGCUGUCAAAGUUCGAAACAAGGACAAACUUGCUGUCCGGGCAGACGACUACGUAUUUGAAUCACCAACAAAAACCCGGGCGACGGUUGUUUUCGCUGCGAUCAACGGUUCAAUCGUCGGAGGUGACACCACAACUACGGAGGGGUUCGGCAAACAAAUCACCAGUAUAGCGUGUCAAAUAACUAUCGAGUUUGUGGAUGACAUCCUCACUGUCGGAGUGGCUCCCGAUACAGCGAGAGCACAAUUAGGAAGCGUUGCACAGCUGAGAAACUCUAAAAGCUUGAACGAAUUGGCGCUCUGGUUUGCUAUAUCACCCGUUGGGAACGGGGCUAGCGUCUUCGGGACAAUGCCGAUGUAUGAUGCUCCUUGGGGCGAGAUUCCACUCCGAUUUACUUCUACCAACGAAGGCUUGAACAAAGGUUGGGAAAUGGAGAAAAUUCGACAUUUCAUCAGUGUUUCAAUCGGGGCCACUGCACUUCGCGCAAGUACUUCGCCCGAUGCCAAUCCCGUCACAAUGCGUUCGAGCGCCCACACACUCAAACUGGAUCCAAAUCGGCCACUACUCUUGCUUGUGCUGCCUGUUUUGAUACUCAUCAACGCAGCAUUCCUAGUCUUAUGGAACGCACGACUAUAUCGGCAAACCAAGAUUCCGUGUUAUCAGCAAGCGAAGCUGAGCGAGAUCUUGACGUUCUCUCAGUCCAAUGACCUCAGAGAAGCGGCGGAAUCAGCGUGGCGUAGUGAAGGGGAAAAGAACGAACUCGAUUCUCUGGGGGUACGCUACUGGUAUGAUGAGGGUGCUUGGGCUUUGCAUACCGUGAACGCUAGGUCUAAAGGUCAGAAGAAGUCGCGCAGACAAUCACUCGCUGGUUACGAGCUUGUUGAUCGGAAUGUAUGA